UAUUUGCGCACAACGUAAUGCAGUAGCCUCAUGGCAUUGCUAAUAGCACAGCAACAACAAAACCAAGUUAUUAACUAAAGGAAAGCUAUUACAAUGAUGCAUUCACACCAUAAGGGGAGAUUUGAUGACCUCCGCAUGAGUUAUGAAAUGAGCCACUUUGAGAAGGUGAACCCUUUCCCACAACAAGGUCACGAUCUUAAGUUUGAGGCGCUCUGCAGUGCGUCUGAGGUCAAUCCAGUAAACCAUGGAGAGUUUGAGAAAGCAGCUGAAGAGCUCUGUUCUGUUGCCAAAAAGGAUGACAAGGGAAUGGUGCAUCGUUGUGAAGUUAUGGUUCUUCAGCGUUGCCGUCGUGGUGGCAAGACAUUCAUGUUACACGCUGUGGCAGAUCUUGUAAAGAAACGGGUUGCAGAUCUAGUAAAGAAUGGGGAAAUGGAAGACACACACGUGAUACAUAUAUCCCUUAACUCACAGACAAGAUACAGGGCAAACGAAGACCCUCGUCAAGCUAUACUCUCAAGAAUCGCCUAUGAGUUGGAUUUAUGCGUUGGAGAAACAAGAUCUUUCAAUAAAUUCCAUUCCUCGUACAAGGACUUCGAUGCGGUGUCUGAUUGGCUCGAAGGGAACAGAGUUAUUCUUCUGAUAGAUGAGCUCAAUGUAAUUCAACCUGGAAGUGUGCAGUACGACGAUAUGAGUCACAUGCUGGAUGAUUUUGUGGGGCGGCUCGGAUGCGCCUUGAUGUAUUCUACCCACCACCGGAGCUACGCGGACAUCUUGAGGGGUCGAGAAGGACAGCACUUUCGACUUUCAACGCGGAACCACAAUUUCUUUUCAAUCCCUCGGGUAAGAAAUCAGGACUGCUUGAAUGGGUUACGGAAAGCGAAUCUGCAGGACCCCUCUCUUUGGAGUGCAGUUUUGCGAGGACGCAUCCCUUGUUUGAUCUUGACGAAAGGGUCUGACAUUGCGCGAUUCGCUGAUAUCUCGUUUGAAAGAGAAGUGAAAGCAGAGAAUGACCCUUUGAAGCUCCCUAUUGAUGACGAUGAUUUUCAAACAAAAGUGUUGAAUAGGCGCAUCCAAAGCUUAAAGAGCACUAUUACAGGGACAGUGACUGAAUGGGAGCCCAACGUUAGAGAAGAGUUCAAAGCUUACUCAUACAUGGCAGAGCAGAAGGGCUCCGAUCAAAAUUAUCUCUACGUAUGGCCUCCAUUUCUUCUCGCGAGCAAAAACGUACUGGGAAAAGACUACAGACAUCUUUUUGAGACGCUCUGCAGUCCAGAAAUUGAAGCAGCCAAAGCUUUUGAAGCUCUCUCCGAGCUUGCAGUUCUUAUUCGACUGCUGUCUUCACACCGGCAUUCACUUGUCCCGCAUCACGAAGACAUCCGCAAUGCCAGCGAGGCAUUUGAAGCAACAGAAAUGUAUUUUGUUCACGAAGAUGCAUGUACUUUGGCUGACAUUACCCAAAAAGUGGAAGAAAAGUUCUCCCAUACAGGAGUUAUGCAGGCUGUGGUGGUUCCCCUAUGUUCAAACUUUCCCAUUUAUGACUUCUUUCUGUUUCACAGGAAAGGAGGACAUUGGAAGCCGGCGGCUGGCUAUCAGUGCAAGCUAGGCUAUGAAUUACCUGACCAAAGGCAUGCAGCAUGGGAGGAAGAUGUGAGCUUGUCGGUGUGGAUUGGAGGAUCCUGUAGGCAAUAUCGAGUAGAGGGUGGAACUCAUGUCGCACAAACAAAAAAACAUGGAUGGGUAUUGAUGGGGGGAGAUGCACAGUUCGACAUGCUAGGAGUUUCCAUCUCAGAGGCUUUGCCCCAACAUGUCUCCUCUGUUUCCACCUUUGAGCCCAUUACGUCGUGUUGUGCUGAGAAAAGCGUUAGCGAUCGCCGUGCUGCAGCGUCCGCGAAGAAACAGAAGACUGAAUAAUUGCUGAACGUAACUAUUAGUGUUGCUAUGGACAUAGACAGCUUUGGAAGAUGCAUUUCAUUAGAAUCCACAACACUACUAUCUGCAAAGGCAUGGGCGCGGCCACGGCUGGAUCAAGAUUCAAGUCGUUG